CCGUAAUAGCCAUAACACUAACAUACAUUACUCACAUGUACAAAAUAUGCUAGUUGCUGGCUAACGUUCCUUUUUUUAAUUUUAGAAUUGUAAAUGCAAAAUUUUAAUAGAAUAACCGUCUUAAAAACAAAUAUAUAUAUUUAACCGCUCAAUGCUAACGUUUAGGGCUUCAAUACGUAUAUCUAAAGCCAUAUUUUAACUAAAUAUAUCGAGUUCCGGUAUGUUUUGUUAGGAUGCCAAUUAUGUGUUAUUCAGGUUCCCGUGCGGCUGUUGGGGGUUUCGGUGGUCAGCGAUCCCAGCCCGAAAUAAAACACACUAUGUUCCGGGCUCUGCUCACUCGUCCGCUCCAUUAAAUGCGCUGCAAACGCUGAAAAUAUUGUUGUGGGGUUUUACGGUGCAGCCCGGUAGAGAUCCGCAGAGUUGGCAGGGUUUUUCGUAUGUGUUUGUAUGCACGGAGCGGGGGUGCGGCCUAGCAGAGACCGCGAAUCUACGGCAGGAUUUACGGCCUUCAAAAGAACACAAGUUGUUUUUUAAUCAACUCCAAUCCAUGAUAGUAAACCUCGGAGUGGUGCACGGUUCUGAAAAGGAUUGAACAAAAUCAGACAGUGAUGAAGAAGGUCAGGCUCCUUAUUUGAGUCCAAAUCUGUUGUCGCUGACAUUACAACUUUGAUGCUGACCCAUGUCAGUUUGCUGUUCUUCAAGAGCCAAAAAGUGUUCCUGAAAGGAUUUGUAUUCAUUGGUUUGUCCUCAUAAGAGCUGUCAAAAUAAGUUCCUCUCUGCCACACCACUUUUUCCACCGUGGGCAGUCCAACAAUCCAUUCCCCCUGGAUUCGCACGGUAAGAGGUCCAACUACGGCGCAAAGCUGAAUCCGUACACCAGAGCCCGGAUGACGGAGGCGUGGCAGCAGCAUGCUGUUGCCCCGCCUCCAGUGGUGCAUACCAUACCGCCAGGGGCAGAUGCCCUGGGGUGCACUGUCUAUGGCAUUGUCCUCCAGCCUGACACAGCACUGCAGCAACAACAGCAGCAACAGUCCCAGCAGCAACAGCAGCAGCAUCACAGUCAACAGCACAACCAGCAGCAGCAUCCGGCACAAGCGCAGCAGCCUUCCUUGCACGUAGGGAAUGAGGGCGGGCACAAGUGUGGUGCAUGCGGCCACGACAUCUCCCAUCUGGCUAAUCCACAUGAGCACCAGUGCAUGGUGAGCCAAGACCGUUCUUUUCAGUGCACGCAGUGUCUGAAGAUCUUCCACCAAGCCACUGACCUCUUGGAGCACCAGUGUGUGCAGGUGGAACAGAAACCCUUUGUGUGUGGAGUGUGCAAGAUGGGCUUCUCCUUGCUAACUUCGCUAGCGCAGCAUCACAAUGCCCAUAACAGCAGCAAUCCCAUGAAGUGCUCUAUAUGUGAAAAAACUUAUCGGCCAGGCUCCUCGGGAAAUGCCACGCCCACAUCAUCUACUGGCAACCCAGGACAGCCAUCCACCGAUGAAGCAUCAUCCAGUGGGAGCACUGCCGUUGGGACAUCCGGCCAACCUACUUUCGAGCCUUCACAACCUGACAGGCCCUAUAAAUGUUCGGUGUGCUCCAAGGGCUUCCGUCAUUUGUCCGAGCUCACCCGUCACGAGCGUGUCCACACAGGGGAGAAGCCAUUUAAAUGUGAAACAUGUGACAAAAGCUUUAGCCAGUCCUCUCAUCUAGCCCACCAUCAGCGUACCCACAGCUCCGAACGGCCGUUCAAGUGUGCCGUGUGUGAGAAGAGCUUCAAGCACCGCUCUCACCUGGUCCGUCAUAUGUACGCCCACUCCGGCGAGCACCUGUUCAAGUGCAACCUCUGCGAGUUGCAUUUCAAAGAGUCUUCCGAGCUGCUGCACCACCAGUGUCAGCCGCAAGGUGCUCGGCCGUUUCGGUGCGCCACGUGCGGGAAGGGCUUCAAGCGUCCGUCUGACUUGAGACAGCACGAACGCACCCACUCAGAAGAACGUCCGUUCCACUGUGAAGAUUGCCAGAUGAGCUUUAAGCAACAAUACGCCCUGGUGCGGCAUCGACGCACACACAAGGCCUCUGCCGACCGUCCCUUCAAAUGCAACCUUUGCGACAAGGGCUUCCUGCAGCCAUCCCACCUUUUGUACCACCAGCACGUUCACGGUAUGGACAACCUCUUCAAGUGCGCCUCCUGCGGCAAGGGCUUCAGUCAAUCUGGGGAGCUUCUUCGUCACAAAUGUGGUGAGUCCUCCUCGACACCCACAAAUCCAGACAAGCCCUACAAGUGUGACGUGUGUGGAAAGGCUUAUAAAAAGGCAACUACACUACAGCGACAUCAGAAUUCGCACUGCACCGAGAAGCCCCUCAAAUGUUCGCUGUGUGACCGCCGCUUCCUGUCCUCUUCAGAGUUCGUACAGCACCGAUGCGACCCAUCCAGGGAGAAGCCCUUGAAAUGUCCUGACUGUGAGAAGCGCUUCAAGUACUCCUCGGAGAUGCAGCGGCACAGACGUGUCCACACCGGAGAGAAGCCCUACAAGUGUGCCAGUUGUGACAAGGGCUUCAAGCAGCGUGAGCACCUGGCCAAGCAUCAAAGUGUGCAUGCGAGAGACGCUCAGUUCAAAUGUGUGUGGUGUGGGGAGCGUUUUGUCGAUCUUGGAGCUCUUCAGGAGCAUACAGUUCUGCACACGGCCGAAGGUGAGGGCUACCCUGUGUCCUCUCUUAUUCAGUAAACUUACAUCUUCAAUGUAAAAUCAAACCUCGGCAAGCUGCCCCCUCUUAUCAAAACAGUUUACCUAAUCAAUAAUUUUUUACUUUAAAUGUCCCAAUGAGUCAAAGGCCCAACAACCUCAUUAUACCUCAUUUUGUAAAUAUAUCCCUUUUUAUGUCAGGAGGCAUACUUUAAUAAUUUGAUUGGCUAUGUUAUGUAGAGGUUAGAGAGACAGAAUAUGUUAGAAAUGGAUAACCGUAAACACAAUACCCCAAUUGAACAUUGUGUUGUUGGUUUAUAUCUAGGUAACCAAUAACUCCUAGUCUUGUAGGGCAGCAUUUUCCAAUCUUUGACUUGUGACUCUUGCCAGACCUGGCUCACAACCAAUUUAAAUGACUCCUACAGUGAUAUCUUACAAUGCCCCUUAUUGAUUUUCUAGACUUUAAAAAGUUAGUCGUACCUAAAACAAUUGAGAUAGCCCAUCGAGUGCCUCUUGUCUGAUGAGACUAUUCAUACCUUUGUAACAACUAUGAAUAAGGAACUAUAAUCUGAUCACUAGCCUUGCUCCAGUAUGAGUGUAUUUCACUUACAACACAGCUUUAAGUAGCUGACAGUUAUGACAAAAACAAAAGGGGGAAUAAAAUCGUGCUGUUAUGAACAAUUGAAGCUGUUUGUUUGUGUCCAUGUUGAAGUUCCCCUGGUUGUAUCAACUAAAGGUAUGUACCAAAAAACAUUAAUGUACUGUACCGCAGAUUUUUAACCAGCGGAAGUAUAAAUGACCUAAGAGGGUCUUAACAUUUCACUGAGAUUAUACAUAAUAUAUAGAAUCUAUUUAGAAAUGUAAACUUCACUCUUCACAUUACCACAAGAAUCUGUGCAGCCAUCCUGAAAAUUACCUAAAAAGGCUUCCUGUAUUACUGUAUGUACAUAGUAUGUAUGCAACUUGUUUACUGACUGUCAUUAGAUAUUGCAGUGUUUCUUAAACUUCACCACAAUUUUAUAUGUAGUUUCUCAUUAUGUGAAGUUCUGGUUUAUUUGUUCUUUUCGUUUUGCCUUUUAAAUUAAUUUCAGCUUCUUUGUAGACAUAGUUUGGAUUGUUAUUGGCAUGUUAAAGGUUGUGUGAGAGUCUGUCUUUGUAAAGGUUUUCACCCCUUGUUUGUUUUUAUAUUAUUAUAUUUAGGGGUCCUGUCGCUCUCUCACACUGCUUAGUUGCUAUCAUCCCUAACAUGACUUGCAAAGUUGUACAGUAUCCUAAGUGUCAUUCUUCCUCCACUGUGUUUGAUCUUUAACCUGCCAACACCUUGUCUUGCCUGCAGUCUUUUGCUUUCUGUAACGGGAUGGCAAGGCAAUUUUUGUUAUUCUUUUAUAAAACUACAAGAUCAAAGAUUUCCCCAGGAUACGGGAGGGAACGUAUAUGUUUUAAGCCUUUGAGGCCUUGGGAUAAAUGUACGUCAUUCAGAUGUUUUUCUUAGUGAAUGUCGAAAACUCAUCAAAGGGUAACACUUUUUUUUUUUUUUUACUGAAACUUACUACAAUUGUAGUAAUAUUUGAUUUAGAGUGGUAACUUUUGAAUGAUUAUGAAUGGCAUACUCUCCUUUUUUUUAAUUUUAGAGAACGCAGCCACUUUUAAUGGUAGUCCAAAAAAAUAAAUCGAACAAACUGUCUGCAAGUCUUGAUUUGCCUCACCUUUUUUCAAUAUUAUCCCUUCCAACUUCAAAGUUCCCAUCACAAUUUCCCACCAUCUAGACUGGGGCAAAAACUUUCUCAGCUCUGUUGCUUAUGCAGUAUUAUAUAUGUUGACUGGCCCAUAAAAACAUCUCAAUCUUGCAGUUAAGUUUCACCAACAAUGGGGUUAGAGGUGACAGUGAAACAUUGGCCUUAAUUUUACCCCCACAUCCAAUUUGUAGUAUCUGUUUAUCAAUUGUUUAAAAAAAAAAAAAAAAGCCAGGGGCUUUUUUUAAACUGUAGGCAUUAAGAAUCAAAAAGCAGUUGGGAUUUGAAUUUGUAAAAAAAAAAAAAGUAUGUUGUGUUUUUUGUUUUCAUGUUUGUAUAUUAAUUUGUCAUUAAUAUUGUUUAAAAUCUUUAUAUAAUAUCUAUAUUCUUGGCAGAGUUCUCAGGACCAUAGAGUAGAGGGUAAAGGGAGAUUUAGCUAGACAUUUGCCUACCAAUUGAGUUAAAGUAAAUGUCCUUCCUCUAUGGGUUUGAGACUUUGCCACCCCCAUGCAUGCCUGCUGUGUUAGUUCCUGUAAUCUGUUCCAAGUAUUUGCAUUUCUGAGUGCACAUACUUCUCCUUAGCUUUUUUUAAAAAAAAUUUAUUGUAGAUUGUGAAUGAGCUAGUAAGAACUUCAUGUGGCGGUUGAUGUGACAUUCAUGCUGAAAUAUCUGUAUGUAGCAUUUAAUAUUCACAGCACUAACUAAUAAACCUUUUUAUUAAU